AUGUCUACGCGGGAAACGCCUCCUUCGACCACUCGGACUUCUACGCCCCAUUCUGAUGAAGAACUCGACGUUGUUUUGCGCGAGCGAUAUGCGGAGCGCAUCCGUGAGCUUGCGCGCGUUCCAGAGCAGAUACAAGCAGCCUAUCGAGACACAUGGCAGCAGUACUACGUUUGGGAGCCGGCAUAUUGUGAGCGAACGCUGCGGAACCUGCGGACUACUGAUCCUUCGUCUGCCUUUGCCCUCGACGACUUUCUCUCGGACUUCGGAGAUCUAUCUGAUGUCGACAAUUCCAUAGAAGGGGAGGGCAAUCGUGUCUUAUAUGAGCAGUGGAUUGUCGAUUACGAUGAAGUGAUCUACAACGCCGGUGCCAUGGAAGAAACCUCCCUUCCUCCUUGUAAGGAUUGCGCCUACCCGAAGUAUGAGUCAUGCACACCGGCGACACGGAACAUCAAGCAUGAGCUAGACGUUAGGAUCCUACAGUACAUGCCCUAUGACGAUCCUAGCUUCCUUCAGCAUGAUCUCGAAGAGUUCGCCCGGAAGCACGACGUAUUUGCUUGGCAGCACUCGUGGUAUGACGUUGACUUCAAGCUCAUCGCUCUGGAGGCUGUCUACAGACUUCACAGUGCUGGACUCUCCCCGGAGGUGCUGGAUCAAUACUCCGUGGACUUCUUCCCUUCAAUUGAUGGUUCGUCUGGGUUGAGCGCUUCCAUGCACCAUCGUGAUCUCCUCCAAUGGGGAGACUCCUACUCGUCCGACUCAUCCGCUCAGGUCUCUGCGCUGAAUAAACUCCGGCCGUCGUCGGCGUCGCCGCACCUUGGUAAAUCUGUGGACGAUAUGACGACCUCGUUUUGUGCUAGCGCAAAUUGUCACGAAGCCUUGUGCAUGCUGCACAGGCAGCGCUAUCCGCCCUUUGCCCUCGAUCCCGCCACCGGGAAUCACAAGGACCUCCGGAGGGUGACUAUAUGUGGUCCGAAUUGCUUCCGCUCACGAGAGGCCGAGAAAUAUCCUGUUAGUAUCGCAGCUAAUGCCAACCUCAACAGAGACUAA